AUGGCUAAUAUCGAGAAGACGCCUCCAGCAACGGAUUCCACUGCCCAACUGCACAUCACUCUGCGGGAUAUUUCUCAGCGUUUACUCGAUAGAAUCCUACGUUUGCUGGGCUAUCGCCGCCACCAGAAUGAAGACCAGUCCGUCAAGCGAGCUUCGUCGAAGUCUAGCAUCAGGCGACCCAAUCCUCGAAAUGGGUCAAACGGCAUCAAUCGCCGCCAGGACUUGCGAGCUCAACGCCAGAAGCACAUGCCAUUUUUGAGCAAAGAGCACCGCCACUUGCAGCACGACAAAUGCUUUGCGCCGCACUUGAUCGAUGCAGUGAGGCUGUACAAGCUUCUCAGUCGAUUGGAAGAAGAGCACAAAGAGAGUGAGAAUAUUGUCCUGGACAUUCGGGCAAAGUCACUUGAAGAUUCGAUGCAUGCCGAAGCCUUGAGAAAAAUAAGAAUGAAGGAGUUUCAAUUCAUCAUCGAGGAGCACGAAGCAAAUCUCAAAACCUCACACGAGGACAUACAAAAGUGCAUGAAGAGCGACCACGAACGCAAAAAGAAGUUGGUCGAAGUCCGAAAACAAAUGGAAACUGCCAUACAGAGUCUAUUCGCAACGCUCAAUGAAUACCUGUUAACAUGCGAGCCAUUUCCCCUGACGACUGAUUUCGGACUGGCUCUACAGAGCUGCUUCGAAAGCUGUCGACGGAUGAAAGACGCCGAGAACAAUCACAUGGCACAGACCACGAAGAGAUCUUUGGAACCAACCCAUACCGCAGCGGCGCUUGAACAACUUCCGAAUGAGCCCCAUGCGCAACCCUCACACGUCAACACCUUCCAUGAGCUCACGAUUGCUCGCCAGCUCUACCGUCACUUGGAGCAGAAAUUUUUCGAAGGCCACGCUAUACAAACUGUUGGCGACAGCGGGGACCUGCCGCAUGAUCUCACGGAAGACAACCUGGCUAAAUUCAUGUCUCGACAAAAGCCGCUUGCGCCAAACGACUCCUCGUCAACUGAUCCUGAUAUCGAGAGACGAUCGCAGCGGGAUGCUGAAGGCAGGCCUCUCAAUAAUGGAGUAUCGAUGCUACCACCUGCAGACGAGGAGCUCCGGAAGAUUGUCGCAGACUAUCAUAAGACAAAGUUGCCUUUGGUGCAAAGCGGCAGGGAGAUUGAUCACAUGAAAGACUAUUACAUCAGGGCAGUCGCACGGAGGCUUAUUCUGGAACCAAGAGCCUCAUCUGCUUCGUGCGAUGCGGGCAUAACAUACGAAAAACCGUCCCUACCGCGAAGCAGAGCGAGAGCUCUUGAAUACAUACAACCAAUGCCGGGACGAACAUGA